AUAUACUGCCAUCAGCAACAUUUCAAGAAAUUCUUUCGGAUUCAAAAACUUUGUUUAGUAGUGACUUAUUACCGCGUUGGGUGUUAAAAUAUUCAGUGCUUAUAAAACAUCGUGGUGUGGUUGCUGACAAAGGGUAUAUUGUGAUGGCAAGUGCUUCGAAUUCUGAUUCCUAA